AUGGAUGCUGAAACCUUCUCAUCCCUCAUUCCUCAUUCCCCAUUGUCCUUCCUUCAUGCACGAUUCUCGGUGGUAGUUGCAUGCGAGAUUCCUCGGGCACCAAGGGUGUGCUUGUGUGCUGCUAAGCCUCAUACGACCCUCCUCCUCCUCCUCCUCUGGAUAUCAACUUUAGACAUCUCUGGAGAGUACAGGAUGUGUGGGGUAUGGAUGGCAGGGAAGGGUCCUGGAAGGCAAAGGUUUGACAAAGAGCAGAGGAGAGAUGCUCUUGGAGCCUCCCGAAUCCGUGACAGUCUCCAGUGCCUUACAGGAAGGGAGAUCUGUGAAAUAAGAGGGAAAAGGGACAGAAAACCGGCGAUGUGA